AUGACGAGAGGGCACCAGGAAAAAUUGAAUGCUGCUGCGAAUCCUUUAAAUCUUAACACUAUAUAUGAAGAUUUCUUUUCAAAGGAAAAUGUCCAAUCUAAAUUUGAACCAGAAUGUGCUGAUUUAAAAAAGUAUAAUAGCAUAGGAAAUGGAAGCGUUCAAAAACUUUGCAAUAAACUAGUAUAUUUUUUAGAAGAAAUAGCUAAAACACAGGAUGAACAAAUACGUGAUGAUCGCUGUUCUUAUUUAACCCAUUGGUUAUAUGAUAAAAUAGCGGGAAUACAUAAAAAAACCGCUACCAAUAUUGAUGAUAUAUCUUUUGCUACAGAUAUUAUUAAAGUGGCACAGAAUGUUAGCAAAAAAAUUACAGGAAAUAAGUGUAAUUUAGGUCAUGACGUAGGUGUUAGUUUAAAGGAUUUGAAUGAAAGGAAAAUGUUGUUCACUUAUUUUAAAAAAUAUGAUAGCAUUAAAAAGAGGAUGGAAUCCUUAAAACCAGGUGAAUGCGAUAAGUAUACUCCAUAUAUUAAUGAUAUCAAGUCAGUAUAUAACACAUACAGAAGAAAUAUUUGUCAUAGAUACCUUUCUAGUUCAAGUAUUCCAGAUUAUUUUGUUUGUAAAGAUACGUAUGAGCCCAGUAACCUCUUAUCCUUAGUAGAACAAUGUAAAUCCAAAGAGCCUAUAACUUCUGCACGCAUAGCAAAUAGAUAUUUUGGAGGACAUACAGAAUUAGAAUAUUUAUUAUCUGAAGAUGAAGAAGGAUCAGGAUCGGACGAGGAUGAUGAUGAUGCUUUAGGAUCAGAUUCUGGAGGUGAAGAAGAUGAAGCUGAAGUUGGAGAAGAUGAAGAUAUUGUUUUACUCACAAAAAGUAGGGGCAGAGAAAAUGUAGAACUGACAAGAAGGAGAUUUUCAGGGAGGGGAGGAUUAGAAGAACGCAGAAGAAUAGCAGGUACACGAGGGACGCACUCUAGUAUUCAUUUGAGUACGCAGAGUCAUCAUUCUGAGAAAGAGCAAUUGUCGCGUGUUAGGAGCGAAGAGACAGAGGUUGUUCAAGAUACUUCAGAAGCUGAACCGCAUAGUUUCACCACGUAUUUCUAUUAUUAUUUGGAUAUAGUCUAUUCAGUGUUGAAAUCAAAGUAUUUUCGUUACUCAUUUAUAGCUUUUUCAAUGCUUCUAAUAAUGCUCGUCAUGCAUCAUUACUAUAAGUCUAUUAAGCCAUCAGGAUCAUCAAUGUUUCCUAAGAGGAAACGAAAAGGCCAUAAAUCUAAUAAUCAUGAAGCUGAUCGUCGUGCAGAGGAAAUAACAAAUGGCACAGCACAACGAGCAUAUGUGGAUCCACGAUUUCAGCAAAUGAAUUUGUCCUAUCAGCCCACGCAAAAUUAUCAACGGUAAAAAUGUACAUUACGUGAGAUUAUUUAUGAUAGCGAAACGAAGUAAAAAUAAUGUUCGCUGUGUACGAGUAACUCUCAUUAUACUUAGAGGAUGAAAAAAAUGCAAAACCAAGAAAUGCAAAGGAUGCAAAAAUGAUUAAAGAGAAAAACAAUGAAAAAGGGGAAAAUAUACGAACGUUUAUGUGAAAGAAGUUGUGCGCACUAUACGUAUACUGCAAAUAAAUAAAUUUUAUAUAAAAUUUGAUCUUUGUAGAAGUAAAUAUUUCGCUUAAACUUAAAGGGCUUUAUCGCCUAAAAGGAUAUAGAAUCAGCAUGAUGAUACGAAUUACUUUUUUUAAUAUAUGUGAAGGGUAUACUUUCAUAAUUAAAGAUAUAUGUAUAGGAAAAAAUAUCUCUGGAAUUGCGUAAACAACUUCUUAGGAUAUAAUAAUGAACAAUUUUGUGUAGAAAUUUACUGAAGAAGAAUGUGCCUUUU